CAUAUAGCAAAAAAUUGAGACGGAAAUGUUCUCAAUUUUGGAGUGAAAAUAAAUGCUUGUAUAAUGUAUGUUCGCAAUGGUGUAUGUUCUUAGUGCCAACGAGAACCCGUUCUAUUGGCAAUGUUCGUUUGAAGUUGAGCAAUUUGACAUGGGUUUCAAUGGCAGAUGACAUCUGUGUAGUGAGACCUAACGACCGAAUCGACGUUUGCAUAAAGAUGACGUCAUGAACAAUGACUACUGGUUCUGGAUCGGAAUUUCAAAAUGUAGCGCUAAACUUGUAUUGCAUUUGUCAAACUGGGUAUUAGGUUUUUUUGUUAUCAAACUUGGCAUCAGGUUAAAAACUACCAUUUACCUGGUGGAGACUGUUGCCUUCAGUAGCAGCAUGACUGUCCGACCUGCCCGUCGAAACCUGACCAGAGGCUGGGAAUACAAAUUUAGAUGGAUUGGCAUCAUUGAAGAAACAUGCAUAUAUAAAUAUAAUGAGAUGCAAUUUCAUGUUUCAUGUUCAACUGUAAAAUCAGACGUCGCCGAUUGCGAGGUUGUGACGUCAUCGCACCAGCUCGAGGCGAUGGCGCCUGCGACAGGGUAUUACUCCUGCCAGUGGUUCUGGUUUCGGGUGAGUUCACAGACCCCCACUGUUCCGGCAAGCAGGUCAUAGUUCAUCUGUUUGAAUGGAAAUGGACGGCCAUCGCAGAGGAGUGCGAAAGAUUUUUGUCAAAGAAGGAAUACUGUGGUGUUCAGGUGUCCCCACCCAUGGAACACGUGAUGGUUCACAAAGAGUACGAGCGGCCAUGGUGGGAGAGAUACCAACCGGUUAGUUACAAACUGACCAGUCGCAGUGGCACAGAGGCAGAGUUCACGGACAUGGUACACAGGUGCAAGGCCGUUGGUGUGAGAAUAUACGUCGAUGCUGUUGUAAAUCACAUGGCUGGACUGGGCCGAUCUGGAACAGGCACGGCCGGGAGUCACUUCGACUCAGACGCGCGCGAUUUCCCCGGCGUCCCGUUCUCCAUACAACACUUCAACGAUAACCAGGACCACACCAGGUGUCCGUCCCAUAACGGAAACGUCGAUAACUACGGAGACCCUAAAAAUGUCCGAAACUGUUACCUAGUCGGUCUGACCGACCUAGAUUCCAGCCAAGCCUACGUCCAGGAUAAAAUCGCUGGAUACUUCAAUCAUCUCAUUGACAUUGGAGUCGCCGGGUUUCGCGUUGAUGCUGCUAAACAUAUGUGGCCUGAUGACAUCAGAGCCAUCCAGGCCAAGACAAAGGACGUUGAUGGAGGGAAGCCAUUCUUCUAUCAUGAGGUUCUCGACCAGAACGAUGGCGCGGUAAGGGUUGAUGAGUAUGUUCCUCUAGGAUACGUCUCUGAGUUUAGGUAUUGUCAGAAACUGGCCUGGGGUACUCAGGAUUUCGGUAAAUUUAAAGACGUCGUUGACUACGGUUGGGGAAUGACGCCUUCCGAUCACGCCUUUGUUUUCGUGGAUAACCACGACAACCAGAGAAGCAAUGGCGGAAACCGAGUCACCCAUAAAACACCGAGAGAGUAUAAAUUCGCCGUAGCGUUUAUGUUGGCGUAUAACUAUGGGUUCCCAAGAGUCAUGAGCAGCUACUUCUUUGACAACAGCCAGCAGGGUCCCCCAGCAGACAGCAACUACGUCACCAAGGAUGUUCCAAUUAAAGCAGACGGUAGCUGUGGUAACGGAUGGGUCUGUGAGCACAGAUGGGAUCCCAUAGCCAACAUGGUGGCCUUCAGAAACACCGUCGUUGGCACCGACCUUCGACACUGGUACGACGACGGCAACAUGGUCGCUUUUGCGCGAGGUAACAAAGGAUUCUUUGUUCAGUCCAAAAACGGAAACAUCGACCAGACGUUUGACACGGGACUUCCGGCUGGCCAAUACUGUGACCUCAUUCACGACUGUCAACAGAAAAUAACAGUCGAUGGAUCGGGCAGGGCGCACAUCCGGGCCACAAGCACAGAGGAACCAAUUGUGGCUUUUAUUACAGGCGGUCCAGGUGGUCCGACCAAUCCCGGGAAUCCUACCCCAGCUCCAGGAACAUCGCACCCCUUGACGACGACUGGUCAGCCCCUGCCAACGGCGCCCUCUAGUUUCAAACAUACCGUGAUUCUCGUUCAGAAACAGACGGCACCAGGACAGGAUCUCUUCAUUAGAGGUGGGAUUGACCACAAGCACAUGUCGGGUUGCACGACGACUGCUGCCACGAGCGCCUGUGCUAUCCCGAUCAGACACCGCCAGCUGGGCUCGAGCCCGCACUUCUCCAAGGUGAAUGCCUGGUCUGUGGGGGACUCCCACCUCGACUGGUACGGCACAGAGUCUGGUCAGGGCUCGUACCGCGGUCGUCUGCCGGACGGCACUCCAGCCUUGUGGACAACCAACAGACACGGUCACGUCGGACACAACUCGUACAAUAGAUUUGGAGAUCACUACUGGCUUGUGGAUGUGGACAUGGAUUGCUCUCGUACAAGGAAUGGAUUCUUUGAGGUCAAGGCCAUCGUGAACGGCGUCUGGGAACACGACGGCCUGGGAGGACGUCGUUGUUCAGGUGUCGGGGCCGCCGAUCCGCCGUACUCCUCGGCUAACCACUGGGCCAGAUGUGGAUUCGUUAACAUCUUCCAUUUUGGAUCAGGACGAUGUGAAAUUGACCCGUUUACCUCAUAAUGAGGUCACGUCAAAUGUCUUUGCUAUGGUGCCGUGUCAUUAGAGUUUAAUAAAUAAUGAUUAUAA